AUGUCGAGCCGGACGCGCCCGCCUUGGUUCAAGAAGCUGAAGCGGAUCAUUGGACGGCGCCUCCGCUCGGCAAGUCUCACCCCUGAGGCCGCGAGCCUACUCUGCGACGAGGUGCUCCCAUCGAUCCAAAGGCUUUCCCCGCCGCCGGCCGUUUCGGCAGCGGUGGACGUGUGGAGGGCCGACCGCCGCCCUUCCUGGGAGCUGGAGCAGUUCAUCGGGAAGUGUUACCGAUCGGGGGACCUCGGCCCCGAGGACGCACUCGAUCUAUUCGACGAAUUGCUUCCUCAAGCGAGGCCCGGCUCCGUUUAUGCCCUCAACCAGCUGCUCACCACCGUCGCUCGCGCCCCGGUCUCCUCCACCGUGCGCGAAGGCCCUGCGCUCGCCGUGUCCCUGUUCAACCGCAUGGUCAAGAAGGUGGCUCCAGACAUAGCUACCUACAACAUCCUCAUCAGUUGCUGCUGCGGUGCAGGAUGCUUGAAUCUCGGCUUCACCGCAUUGGGCCAAAUCAUUAAGACGGGAUUGAGGCCACAAGCCAUGACCUUCACGCCCCUGCUCAGAACCCUCUGUGCUGAGAAGAGGACGAGUGAUGCGGUGAAUAUUGUGGUCAGGCGGAUGCCUGAGCUCGGCUGCACCCCCGAUGUCUUCGCCUACACCACACUUCUCAAAGGGCUAUGUGAUGAGAAGAAAUGUGAAGAGGCUGUCGAACUUAUCCACAUGAUGGCUGAGGAUGACAACUGCCCACCUGAUGCAGUGUCCUAUACCACUGUAAUCGAUGGCUUCUUUAAAGAGGGUGAGAUACGGAAAGCUUACACCCUGUUUCGUGAAAUGCUUGAUCAUGGGAUCCCGCCAAAUGUUGUGACCUGCAAUUCAAUCAUUGAUGGCCUAUGA